CAAGUACGUUUUUGUGGGUGCGUCCUUGCAGCUCUAGCCGUUGCUCGAUCCAACAGGUGGACACGGAAGAUGGUUGCCAAUGUCGACUGGCAUGGAUGGACCGUCUGUCAGCGGGAAUGGCGAGGUUGUUGAAUGACAGGAUCGCCUCAGUGUGAGCACGUGACACGCGUUUUUGUGCUUCUAGCUCAAUAGGUCGACAGCCAAUCAGAAGGUAGAGAGCGCGUAUGUAUGACCGCCGCCCAUUCCGGUAAGUCACGACAAUCUUUUCAGUUAUGUCUGUGUCCAUGGCUCCUGCAACGCAUACACUCCCGUGAGUGGAUAGACAGCCAGGAACAAUGGCUCACCAAACACCCCGACAACGUCUCCAACGACCCUCCUUCGGCACGUCCAUCUCCGCCGAAAAGACGAGUCUCAGCGCGAGCACCGCCGUCAAUCGUAAGGCCAGCUUGAAUGCUCUUACCGGCGCGCACACCCCACGAACGCCGGCGGGCAACAUGCACGCGGAAGAUUUGGCUCUCGGGGAUGCGGUGAAUGUGCCUGGGGAGAUGUACGGGACGGUGCGCUUCAUUGGCAACGUGAAGGGGAAGAACGGCCAGUUUGUGGGGGUCGAAUUGGACCGGGAGUUUGCGGCGCGAGGGAAGAACGACGGCGACGUGGAUGGGACGUAUUACUUCAACACUGCCGUGCCGGGAGCGGGUAUCUUCUUGCCCGUUCAUCGAGCGGAGAGGCGCUUCUCACCCGCCGUCUCGAUCGAUUCGUUUCCCGCUACACCCGCUACCCCAUCGUAUAGCACGCUACAUGGAACUCGUUUGAGAGGAGAUGCUGCCGCGCACACACCUCCAACACCCGCUGUGCCGCAUCGCUUCGCGCAAUCCGUCGGUCCAGGCGCUCAAAGACCCACAAGCCCCAAUUUCAAGCCCAAGCGACCUUCUCUUCCCCGCCCUGAGUCACCGCUUAGGAGGCACCAGCCCACACUCGCACCCACACCCGCACGCGCAUUAUCGCAGAGCCAACGAGGCGGCCGACCACCCUUAGCCAGCACAUCCACGCCCAGCAAAACGAACCUCCGAGCCUCGACUACCACCCGACCAACACCGAGCAGACCUUACUCAAGAACGGGCUCACGACUGGGCCAGCGACAACCACAUCAUGACGCCGUCGCAGAGGAAGAGACCCGCACGCCCAACAAGCGCACCACGAGCUCCACCUCCGCUCCUUCUUUCUCCCAGCCCCUGCGCUCCCCGUCCCGUGCCAGCGGCGCGAACGACACCGAACUGUCGCGUCUCCGCCAACAACUUGCGGACCGCGACAGGCGCCUGGAAGAACAAGCCGCCUCGCUCGCGGAGAUGGAGGCGAAUGUCAAGGAACUCUCCACCCUCUUACCCACGGACGGCUUGACGCCGGGUGGCAGCAGUCGAAGUGGUGCCGACGACGAACAUACCGUCGCCCAGCUACGACAGAUGCUGCGGGAGAAGAACGAGAAGAUCACCCUCAUGACGGCAGAUUUCGACGCGCAUCGUGCGGACUUCCGGAGUACGUUGGAUUCACUCGAGAUGGCGAGUACAGAAACCGAACGUGUGUACGAAGAACAGAAGCGCGAUCUACUAUCUCAACUAGAAGAACUACAAGCGCAGAAUCAUGCGCUCAACGAGGAGUUGGCGGCGGGUGGAGGCAGUGGAGGCAGUAAAGAUGAGUUUGAGAGUGUGGCGCAGCAGUUGAAAGGGUUGGAGGAGUUGGUUGCGGAGUUAGAGGACGGCUUGGAAGAGAGUAGACGGGGGGAGGCGGAGGCGCGGGGCGAGGUGGAAUUUUUACGGGGGGAGGUUGAGAGAGGGCGGAGUGAGCUUAGGAGGGAGAGGGACAAAGGCGGAAAAGAUGAGGAGGUUGCUAAGGCGGCGGAGGUGAAGGCAAUGGAGGAUGAGAUAAGGGGGUUGAAGGCUAUUAUUCAUAGUUUGAGCACAAACCCUGCGCAACCGCAUGCCGCGAGUGCGAAUGGGGGAAGUGGGAGGGAUGAGGAUGAGGUCAUGCGGCUACAAGCCAAAUUAGAGCAGAGUCAAAGUGAGAAGGAGGAGCUGGAGAGGGAGUUGGAGGGGUUGCGGCGGGACUCGGCAAUGACGAACGGUCACGCCAGCAAACAUGCCGGUCACGCGAGGAACGAAAGCGAAAUGACUGCUGUAGCUAAGGGGACAGAUGGGGAGGUGAGGCAGAGAAGUGGCACGCUCAAGCCUAAGCCUACCAUGUCUUUUGCGGAACAUGCGCGGCGGUCCGGCUUUGAGCAGCCGUUGAGUACCCCGGAUGCAGAAGACGAUCCCGACAAGGAUUUGCAUGGGAAUGCGCAGGGGGGCGAUGCGGAGGCAGAGGCCGAGGCCGAGGCUGAUGGCGUGUACUGUGAUAUAUGUCAGAGCAGUGGGGAGCACGAUACCGUUGAUUGUGGGAAGUUGAAUGGGAAUGGGAAGGCGAAUGGACACGGUCAUGCUAAUGGCGCAGCUGCGGAGAGAGAUGAAGCUGCUGAAGCUGCUCCAGCUGCCGCCACGACGAAUGGACAUGUGAAGUCUGUCCCCACGGUCAAGGAGGAGGACAAGUGGUGCGCGUUGUGUGAGAAGGAUGGGCAUUUGGCUUUUGACUGCCCGGAGGAGCAGUAUUAGAGUACGUCCUCUGGUCUAUCUUCUAGGCAGCAAGGUCUGUAAAUACACGCUACGAAGUCUUGGCGGUAUGCAUGACGCACUUGUGCCAGUCCGUCAAUACAUCGAAAGCCUGCAAAAUGG